AUGGUGUCCACGCUGGAGCCUCCAACCGCCUCCUCCGUCUCCCGCCGCGGUCCCUCCUCUGUCGUCUCCCGUCGAUCUCAAUCAGAUUCGCGAUCGAAACGCUACAAUCGUUCUCAUACCGGCGGGACCUCUCACGCUCUUCACAAUGACUUCCCGGUGUUUAGCAGUGGCGAUGUAGAAAUCAUAGUCCGCGCGCGCGAUACGCCUCCCGAUGCUGCUCCCGUGCAGAACAGAUAUCUUCUCCAUCGCCAUACACUCACGCGCUCGAGUGGUUUCUUUGAGACCAGCACAUCAAGCCAGUGGUCCCGCGCUCGCGCACUACCGGCUGGCAAUGAGCUCUCCCGCAUCGGAGAGGACGGGGAACCGGAUUCUGUCAGUGCAAGCGAAGUCAGCUCAGUGUCGCAAAGAGGAAGCAUCCAUCCACCCAGGAAGAGAUGGCGAUACGAGCUGGACCCCAAGUCUGGACCAAACGAUAUCCCAAUGCUGGUCCAACGAGACGAAUCGUCGCGAGAUACUACACAAUCCUUGUUUGGUCCUGCAUCAGCCCCCCCUGCAGUCAGUGCAAGAGACGCACGCUCUCAGAGUCGCUCUAAACACUCCCACUCACAUUCGCGAUCGCUGUCCAAUUCGUCGGCCUCAAGUGGUUUCUUUCGCUCCGUCGCCAACCUCAGUCUCUCAUCCAACCACCCACCUCCAGCCCAAGAGCUAUCGCAAGCGGACGAGGACCUUUUGCGCGACUACGACAACCUCUUUCGCAUCUUUUACAAUUACCCGCCCAACCUCGAUGGUGUCAAUGUCGCAGAUGCCUAUGUCCAAUGCAAGAGCUUGCUCAACCUCGCCGACCAAUAUGACGCCCUUGCUGUGGUGGGACCUCGAGUUGAUCACCACAUGCUGCAGUUCCAGUCACGGCUCUGGAAGCAAAUCGCCAAAUACCCAAUCUCAUAUCUCCGCCUCGGGUACCUAGCUCGCAGCAGGGUGAUAUUUCAGGAAGCCCUGAUUCACGUCGUUGGGCAGUGGCCGGUCGGGGAACGCAGCCUGCGUGCAGCCCUGCCCGACAUUGUCUUGGAUAUUAUUGAGGACAAGGUUGACGAACUGGAAGAUACGGUCGGUCGCAUCGAGGGACGUCUGUACCGUCUUGGGCUCACCAACAGCCGUGGUGAACGUGUCGGCCCAAGCAACAACUACCUCGACUGGCUGUCCGUAAGCCUCUUCCGCCAAUGGCUGGCCGACAACACCUCUCCGCAGCCGCCUCCCGAUCAGCGACGCAGGACGACCUCUCGUGACGGCGGCCGCAGCGUCGCCGCCUUACCCCCCGCAGCCCCGCCGUUGAAUUCUGUAGGUCGUGCAUAUCGCCAACUCGGUUCGAAUAAUCCCGCAUCUUUCCUCGGCCACGAUGACUGCAAGCGCUUCCUCAAGCUCACCCCUGAGCUCUACAGCCGGGAGAACCUUCGGCGAUUUGAGAAGCGUCUUGAUGAGCUCAAAUCAAUGGCACGAGAGAUCGUACGGCCCCUCAUGGGCAGCAAUCUCGAACUCGAUAUGGGUGGUACCUCGCGCACCCCCGAUAGUGUCUCUUACCUCACCUGCAUCAACGUUGGGAACCGAGACCUGCCUUGGGUAAUGGAGGAUCAGACAACGGUCGGGCUCGUCACCAACUGA